CGGAAAUAAACAAACGGUAUUUGCCGGAGUGGGACUAUUGUGUUGUAUAAUAUUUGGCGCCAGGUCAAUGUAGUAUUGAUGUUGUUGUUAAACCGUCAAAUACCCACCCCCUGCACAAUUCACGUGAUCUGCAAUUUGCGACAUCCCAACGGCGACAUGCAUACCACAGGCGUACACCUCACCCACACCAAAUCACCCGUCCCUUUCUUUCCUCCCUCCGUUUCUCUCUCUCUUCCUCUUCUCUCUUUCUCUCUAAAGUCUCACUCACUUUCCUUCCAACUAAAAAAACUCCAUCAGAGAAGAUGGGAGAGAAAACAUGGCCGUCCCGAUCGGACGGCCCUCAUUUCACCGCACUUUCCAUCACCGCUACCAAACAGCAAUCCGACGUCACAUCCAAUCGAUGCAGAUUCAAAUUCUCCACAAAAACCACUCGAUUCAGUUCAAGAUCAUCGUCGCCGUCGUCGUCAUCAUCACCGCCCUAUUUCUCGAUGCUGCCGUACGAUGUGUUGAGGAAGAUCGCGGGGAGUUUCACUCAUCCGGACCUCAAAACGGCGUCGCUGGUGUGCAGGUCGUGGAGGGACGCGCUUCGGCCGCUGAGGGAGGCGAUGGUGUUCCUGCGGUGGGGGAAGCGGUUCAAGCACGGCAGAGGCGGAGUGAACCCUAAUCUGAAAAAGGCUUUGGACUCCUUCUUGAAAGGUGCCGCUCGUGGGUCAACGCUGGCUAUGGUGGAUGCGGGACUGUUGUACUGGGACAUGGGGAAGAAGGAGGAAGGGAUGGCUCUGUAUCGGAAGGCGGCCGAGCUCGGCGACCCCACCGGCCAAUGUAAUUUGGGGAUUUCAUAUUUGCAAGCCGAACCUCCAAAUACAAAAGAGGCCAUCAAAUGGUUAUAUCAGGCUUCAUUUGCGGGCCAUGUUCGUGCUCAGUACCAACUUGCGCUGUGUUUGCAUCAAGGCCGUGGAGUGGAUCAAAAUCUACCAGAAGCAGCCAGAUGGUAUCGGAGAGCUGCAGAAGGUGGGUAUGUGCGUGCUAUGUAUAAUACGUCUUUAUGCUACUCCUUUGGUGAAGGUCUGGCGCAGAGUCAUCGACAAGCAAGGAAAUGGAUGAAGCGGGCAGCUGAUCACGGUCACAGUAAAGCUCAGUUUGAGCAUGGACUUGGUCUCUUUUCUGAAGGGGAGAUGAUGAAGGCUAUAGUCUACCUGGAGCUUGCCACCCGAGCAGGUGAAAAUGCUGCAGCUCAUGUCAAGAAUGCUGUACUCCAACAACUGUCGACGACUUCGCGUGAUCGAGCCAUGAAUCUUGCCGACAAUUGGCGUGCCUUGCCUUCUUCUCGCUGAAUUGUAUAGAAUCACGACUUUAUAGACACUCACUCUGCGCUUUUUGGUUCCCGUUGUCUCUCCUCAGUAUGGUCCUUUUCUUUAUCCCCCUUUUCUCUAUCUGAUGAGAAAAACAGUGUAUGUAAAUCAAAUAUCAUAGUUUAGUCGUUAAAGAUGUUGAUAAUGCUUUGUAAUUUUCUUUGAAACUGUAUUAUGAUUGCUUCUGUCAAGCGAGUCAAGGUUGUGUGCUGUAUUUAGGACCCUCUUGAGUCUGUACAUUACAUAAAAGCAUACGAGUGUUUGAUUGAUCUU